AUGUCUGCUGGUUCUGUGUCCUCUAAUUCUACUGCUGGUUCAGCAAAUGGUUCGAUUCAAGUCCCUGGGGCUACUGCGGCUGGUCUUCCUGUUAUGCUGGAAGAUUUCGAUCUCAAUCCUUCUAUGGAUGGUCUUACCGAGGUUCUGUCUCAAGACGGUCAAGUGCUUGAUGAAGACGAAUUGAUGGCUGAACUUGGUGGUGGUUCUUCGGCUUUGUCUGCGUUUGAGCCUCUGGAGAGUGUGAGUGGAGAGGUUGGAUCUGGGGGGAAGUCCGCAGCUGAGCCAUUGAGUGAGGCGAUGGAAGCAAGUGAAGAAGCUUCAUUAGAGCAUGCGUUGAAGGCAUUACGUGAAGAAAAUGCGAAACUGUUGAAGGUGGUAGCAACGGCACCUACUGCGAGAGAGCGUCAUGAGGCUUUGCGAGUGAUUAGCAGCAAUAAGGAUGCGAUUGUGGAAUUGCGUAGCUAUCGGGAUGUGGUCAAGCCCAAGACAAGUGCGAUGAGUCGUGGAAUGAUGCGUAGUGAAAAUUUGGCUCUGAAUCGUCGCGAUUUACCCAAAUUCCAGUUGGCUUCUGCAGCGGUGAAGGCUUUUCCCAACGAAGAAGUGUUUGAGAGCGUAGAUCAUUACUUGCGUACUUUUGAGAGCAUCUUGAAUUCAUCAUCGUUGGACUUGGAAGCGCAGUGGGCCAAGUUACUUCCGUUGUGUAUGCCCAAUGGGGAUCGUGCGUGGGUCGACAAGACUUUGUUGAAGUGCAGCUCGUGGUGGGAAGCGAAGCAAGUGUUCUCUAGACGCUUUGGGUCUGCAGUGAUUACUCGUCGCAAUACGGAUUUAGUGUUUACGAUGGUGAUGAGUGCGUCUGAAUCCAUUAUGGAUUACUCGUGUCGAUUCCAGCAAGCAGUGUACAAUGCGGGCCUCCAGUUGGAUGAUCCAAGAGUGGCUGAUCGCUUCAUGGCGUCGUUAAUCUUGCCGGUACAAACGGCUGUGCGCAUUACCUUGGUGAGAGAACAAGGCACUGAGUCGUGGACAGUGGAUCGAAUUACCCAAGUGGCGCGCGAUGUGUUGGGAGAUGACAACCGUUUCUAUGCGCAUGCAACAGCUUUGCUGCCAGGUGCUGCGGUGAAUGAGGUGGGGUCUGCGAGUGAGGAUCGUCAAGAGCGUCGUGGGUACCAAAGAUCGUCAAGAGGGAUGUCAUCAAGUGGAAGACGUAACUAUGGAGGGUUCAAGCGAGUGGAGAGUAGUGGUGGAACCAAGAAGUAUCAUUGUAAGCAGCAUGGUCCGAAUGAUUCCCAUGGAUCUAAGGAGUGUCAGUUUUUGAAGUUCGAGAAGGCCAGGAGUGAAGGCAAAUGCGUGAAGUGUUGGAAGCCAUUUGAAAGAGGACAUGAUUGCGGCACUCGUCGUCCUCCUGGGGUUGGUCCGUCCAACACGGCUCUGAAUCAUGAGGUCUUCGCGGCAAGUGUGGUUACCAAGGACAAUGAGUCGUCGUCCUCGCCAGGGGCAUCAGCUUCGAGGGAUGCCAAUGCAGACGAUGCCAAUAGUGUCGCUGAUCAAGAUCAGCUGAUGAGUGAGUUGGCUUUCCAAUGUAAGUUGCCUAGUGUGAAUGUGAACAAAGCAGAAACUAAUUACUUUGCGUUGUUGACCCCGUUGUUGAUAUGUGUAGAAUCUAAGAAUAUCAAGGUCAUUGGCAAGGUGGACACCGGGUCCCAAAUUAGUUGUAUUAGUUUGAAGUUUCUAAUAAAUGUGCUUAAGAUCAAAAAAGUGAGAAAAGUUGAUGGGUACCUGAAAUUUUUAUCGAAGUCUGUGAAGCGAGUGGCAAUGACAUUUCCAUUGAAAUUUAAAUAUGCUAAUGGCAUUGUAUUUGAACAUGCAUUAGAAGUGGUUCCGUUUGAGCAAGGGUUGGACUUUGAUGUCCUGUUGGGAGUAGAUGUGUUGCCAAAGAUGAAUAUUGGGCUUACUGGUGUGGCGUUUCGCAUCGACAGUGAGCAUCAGCAUUCAGAUGCUACAGAACAUAAUGAAAGAAUGUUUGAGAAUAUCAAUUUGGACUUUGAGGGCAAACAUUUAGAGGCGGAUAACUCACCUGCGGGUACUGAGGAAGAGCGUCAGGAGUUUAAGACAUAUAUGAGCGAAGCCUUAAAGAGAAAUGAAGAGAUACCUAUCGAGUCGUGUUGUCCAUUGCCAGAAGCUAUAGUGAAAUUACCUACAAAAGAAGGAGCGACGGCGCAUCGUCGUCCCUAUCCGAUUGCUGAGUCGUUGAAGCCUGUAGUAGAGAGACAAAUUCAAAAGUGGUUGGAUACCAAGACGAUCGGACGUUCGAGAAUCAAUUCGUCCUUUAAUAGCCCUUUGCUGGUAGUACCAAAGCGUGACAAGUUGGGAAAUGUAGUGGAUCAUCGUGUGUGUCUGGAUGUGCGUUUGUUGAAUAGUAUUUUGCCACCUCCCUACAAUUUCCCAAUUCCUUUAGUAAAAGACAUCUUUGAGAACUUGAGUGGUAUGAAGUAUUUUGGGACCACGGAUUUGAAGGAUGCUUACCACAGAUUUCCCAUUGAAAAAGAGAGCCAAUUUAAAUGUAGCUUUAGUUUUAACGGCCAAGGAUAUUAUUUCUUGAAGGCUUGUUUUGGAUUAUGCCAGCUGCCAAGCCAGUAUCAAUUUACACUAUCUACGUUGCUAGCAGGAUUGCAACAAGUGCGUGACGAGUCAGGACGAGUGGUAUCUACUACGCAGAAUUUUCUAGACGAUAUCAUUAUCGCUGGCGUGGAUUUUGAGCAUUACAAGGUAGCCGUAAAAACGGUGAUUGAUCGGCUUACAGAGGCAAAAUUGAUUUUACAGCCGAGCAAGUGCCAUUUUAUGCAGAAGAGGUUUAAUGACAAGCAUAUGCUCGUGGACAUUCCAGUGGGUGCGCAUGUGAUGGUAAAGAUACGUCAACGACCAAGCAAGUUGAGUCCCAUUUAUGAUGGUCCAUAUACGGUCAUUCGUAGAAAUCAAGGCGGGUCAUACGAGUUGAAGGAUGAAAUGAAUGAGAUUCUUCAUCGCAACUAUGUACCAUCCGAGCUAAAGGUGGUGAACAUAGAUGAAAAGGCCAUUGAUGAUGAGUAUUUCGAAAUUGAGGCGAUUCGAGAUCAUAGGGGCAAAGCAGCGAAUCGUGAGUAUCUCAUCAAAUGGAAGGGCUAUGGUGAACGCAUGUGUUCGUGGAUAACUGCAGAAGAUGUAUCGGAUCCCCAUAUUUUGCAAAGAUAUUGGCAAAAGCAUGUGCAGCUGCAGAAGCAAGAAGAAGGACGCAUCCGAGAGCGAGUGGCUCAAAUGCCGAGUAAGCAACAGAGGAAACGCGCUGCCACUGGGGAAGCAGAUCAGGCGGGGGCUCCUCAAUCCCCAGCGAAGCGGCGUCGGGCCACUUAUGUUAGGAAGAAGACAGGAUAA